AUGCCACAAAGGGACGUGGUCUCAUGGAACUCCCUCAUCGCUGGCUUCUCCCGUCUCGGUUUCCCUUGCAAAGCCCUACGCCUGUACCAGAGGAUGGUUGCCGCAGGCGUCAGGGAGACCCACCGGACCUUCUCCUCCGUCCUCGCUGCCGCCGCCGGCUGCUCCCUCAGAGAGGCAGAGCAGCUCCACUGCAGGGUCGUCUUCCUCGGCACCGACAGCAACCCCUUCGUGGGCUCCGCUCUGGUGGGCCUCUACAUGAACAUGAACCUGCACCUGCCGGAGCUCGCCCUGCGGGUACUGGCGGCGCUGCCGGAGAAGACGACGGCGGCCUGCAACUCCGUCCUACGCGGCCUGUUUCCGGCGGAGCGCCAGCUGAGCUUCUUCUCCGAGAUGAUCUCCAGAGGUGUUUCCUUCAACGGGGUCUCCUUCAGCUACCUCCUCCAUGGUUGCAGCGACGGCAGGCACCUGCCGGAGGGGAAGCAGCUCCACUGCCAGUCCACCAAGCGGGGGCUCGUCGCCGGCGACCUCUUCGUCUCGAACGCGCUGGUGGAUCUCUACGCCGCCUGCGGGCUCCGGGAAGACGCUGCCGCCGCCGCCGCGGCGAUCGCCGCCGGCGAGGUCAUCUCCUGGAACUCCAUCGUCGCUGUCAACGCCGCCGGCGACCGUAUAGCGGAAGCUCUGAAGCUCUUCCGGUCGAUGAUUGCGGCGGGGAAGCGGCCCUCCGUGCGGUCCCUGGUGGCGCUGCUCAACUCCUCCAGCAGGACGAGGAAUCUCGACCUCGGAGCUCUCAUCCAUGGCGUGGCCCUCAAAUUAGGGUUCCACAGCGGCAGCGUCUUCCUCCGGUCGGCGCUGAUCGACGCCUACGGCAAGUGCGGCGACGCCCGGAGCGCCGCCGCCCUGUGGGAGGAGGAAGCCGCCGCCGGCGAGAAAUCCCUCGAAACCUGCAACUCCCUCGUCACCACCCUCGUCCACUGCGGCGCCAUUGACGACGCCUUCGAGGUCUUCGCGAUAAUGACAGAGGAAGGAGUGAUCCCCGAUGAGGUCACCCUCUCUGCAACUCUGCGCGCCGCUUCAUCUUCAUCUUCGUCUUCCCCCUCCGGCAGCUUGGUCUCCGUCGGAGAGCUCCAUUGCUGGGCAGUGAAGCUGGGGCUCGCCGGCGACGCGGCGGUGGCGUCCUCUCUGAUCAGCGCCUACUCGAAAGUGGGCGGCGGGGCCGCCGCCGCCCGGAAGGCCCUCGGAGACGCGAGGGAGCCGAAUCUGAUCUGCUUCACGGCGGCGAUCGCCGCCUUUGGCCGGCAAGGACUGGGAAAGGAGGCAGUGGCGCUGAUGGAGAUGAUGAUCCACCGGCGAGCGGAGGAGGAACUCGACGGGGUGGCCUUCCUCUGCGCGCUCGCCGCCUGCGACCACGCCGGAAUGGUAGCGGAGGGGCGGCGCCUGUUCCAGUCCAUGGCGGAGGAGCACGGCGUAGAGCUCGAUCUCCGCCAUUACUGCUGCAUGGCAAGUCUCCUCGGAAGGGCGGGGCUGGUGAGGGAGGCGGCCGAGCUGGUGGAGCGAGCGCCGCCGGGGACUGGCCGCGAUCCCGCCGCCUGGAGCGCGGUCCUGCGGAGCUGCGGCGUCCACGGGGAGGAGGAGGUGGGGAGGAGGGCGGCGGCGGCCCUGAUGGACACGGAGCCCCGGUCGCCGGCGGCGUGCCUGCAGGUCGCCGGCUUCUACGCCGCCGUCGCUGAACCAGAGACCUCGGCGGCGGUGAAGGAGAUGAUUCCCCCGCCGGAGCUGAGGAGGGAGAUGGGACGCAGCACCGUGGAGGUGACGGAAGCUCGAUUUCCAACUGUAGAUCGAUCGCAGAGACCAUUAACUCCCUGA